UCCGUAUAUAUUAAUCCUUAAAGCGAAAAGAUCCCAAACUCGAACCAAAAGGUGAUCGAAACCUGAUAAAUGGAAAAUCUGAUGGUCACUCCUAAAUUCAUGGUAACAUAAUUGCUGACGUGUGACGGUGUUAUUCAAGGGAGGCAUCGAUCGUCUUUUACGUGGGACCACAUCAUCCGUGCAUACAUGUAUAUAUAUCUCAUAUUUCUUACAUAAACAAUGUAACAAAAUCUUCCAAAGAUCUUGAAAUUAAAUUCAAUCGAGGUACCCACCAAAAAAAAAUUGAGCAUUGUAUUUGUAACCUUCAAAAGAAACAAAAUCCAACGAGACUAAAAAUAAUUAAAUAUUAAAGAUUUGUAAAUGGACGGUGGCUUUGGUGCAUGAAAAGAGGUGUGAAAAAGGUUUCGGUUAUAGUAACCGAAACUGAAACAUCGAACUUCGACAACGAUUUAAAUCAAUAAUCAAACGACAUAGCAUUUAUUGAGCCUUACGUGUUCUGUUCUUCCUUAGUGAAGUACCCACACUCACUUCACAUGGUCUUCACGUCUUAGCUAAGCUAGGCCCUACUCAUUGACAUUUAUGUCAUUAUGUGUAUUUAUAUAAACCUUAGAGUUAAAGGACCGAACAAAGCAUAACUCGAGUAACCCAUUUUCAUUAUCAUUUCUUGAGAUGUAUAUGUCCUCAUUGUCUCCGAGACUCCACAAAGCAUACAAAGCUAGAUGUGUUAGCUUACCGGUUCGGUCUCAUCCGAGUGUUAGGAGGAUUCAAGAAGUGGUCUCCAAGGUUAGAGCUUUGGGGUCUUCUUCGUUAGACUCGAGGACGAUGGUCCGUGACGGUCUCUCUGGUCUCACCGAGCUUUACAGAUGUUUAAGUGAAGAUCUCUUCAAGUCUUCUUCUGAAACUCAACAAGCUCUUCUUAACGGUGACGGCUUGAUGGAAGAGCUUCUUGAAGUAUCACUGAAAUACUUAGAGGUUUGUGGAGGAGCUAAGGACGCAGCGUCGAGGAUCAAGAAGAUUGUUGUCGAGCUUCAGUCUGCUUUGAGAAGGAGCAAGAAAGGAGGUGAGUUUAGCCUCGAGAGUGACGUUGACGCUUAUGUGGCGUCUAGGAAAGAGAUCAAGCAGGAGAUCAAGAAGUAUAUGGUAAUGUCGAAAGAGACAGAUGCGUCUUUAGAGAGUGUUUGGUGUGAUGGUGAUGAUCAAGAGAUGAGUGCUCUGGUUAGAGUGAUGCAAGAGACGAGUGUAAUGACUUGUUUCGUCUUACGCUCGGUCUUCUCCUUCUUGUCUUCGCCGAAAGGGUUAAAGACUAAGAAUCAUCACCACCGCAAAGGUUGGGGGAUUGUUAUGAAGCUUGUGAAGAAAGGAAUGGAUCAUCAUCACCAGGAGAAAAGAGAUCAUGAGACGGGAUUUUCUUGUCUCGUGCUUGAAGCUAUGGAAUCUGAGCUUGGGAAGCUUGUUGUGAUGACGACGAGGGAAGAUCAAGAAGAGGAGAAAAAGAUUAGUGAAGAAGUAUCUGAGAAGGUUCAAUGUACAUUGGUUAGAUCCGAAGGUGUAGAGGCAGCCAUGGAAGAGCUUGAAGAGGGACUUGAAGGAUUGUUCAAGGUAAUGAUACAAGCUAGAGUCUCUCUUCUUAACAUCCUCUCCACUUAAUUCAAAAUGGAUCAGAUUCGAAUUUCUUGGUCUGGAUUUGGAAAUAAAUUAGUUGCACUUGACCAAGUCGAUUGGGUUUAAAAUCUUGGUUUGGUUUAUUUGUUUGUUCUUGUAUGUUGUGAGAGAGAGUUUAAACAUGCGUCCAUGUUUUAGAGGAUGUGUGUUUGUUGUAAGUGUGUACAUCGUUCAGGUGUGAACAACUCUUGUAAAGUUUUAUGUACUUAUAAAUAUCUAUUAUUUUACCACA